GCGCAAUUUAAAAUCCACUCAUUUCUCUCACAUUAUGGAAUCGUUGCGCGUAUUUCACGAUUUCAAGCUGGAUAAUCUCGAUGAAGACUGGAUCAAGUCGAUCUGGGAUUCGGACUUCAUGAUUUACAACGAAGCACCCGAUGAUUAUCUCGAGUACUUGGAGAGCGGCGACGCGAGACGGUUGUUGCACAAGUCCCGUCUUGUUCUGAAGGCAUGGAUCGUCGCCAACGAAUGUGAGUGUGAAACCUCUGAAUAUUCAUGGCAAGCCCUGAUGAUCUUGAAUAUCAACAUACGUGGUCUGCUUGCUAUGCUUGGUUACAUAAUGAAGACCGGCCAAUGUGCUGAGAUCGACAAAGACUCUGGACAGGCUUGUCUGGAAGCCACAAGUUUGUACCUUAUGCUUCUCACAGUACCUGGUAGCAAUGCAUUUGGAAUUUAUCAUCCCAAUUUGUACCAGAGAGCAAUUAAAACCUUGAAGAUGUCAGAAAGCUUAAUUUCUUCCGUUGGAAAGAGUGGCAAAGAAACAACUGUGUUAAAUUCUAAUAUUGAUGACGAAUCGGCAGAUUGUUAUGUUAUGUUAGAUUCGGAAAAGUUGGAGCUUGUAAAAGAAUUAAAUAGGAUUAUUUGCGAUCUUGUUGUGAUGUUAAAAUCGUUUCGCUUCAAGGAGCAUACAGAGUCCUUAGAUAUUACAAUAUGCAUAUUAUUGGAUAUUACUAGACUAGAGAUGUAUAUUAAGUCUCACAACAAUUAUGGUCUAACAUCAUUGUCUCAGAAUGCAUUUACAGCUUUGCAAGAACUAUGCAGUAGUAAUCAUGGCACUGUUGCCAUGACUAUAAUGUUAAUAGCGCAGUACAUACUGCCCGAUCUGUUAUUUCAACAUACAAAUGUGCAACCAAAGUCUAUUAUCAUUAUGCAUGAGACAGUUAUGUAUUUUUUAAAAAGUUUGUUGGAAAUUCACAAGACAGAAACAACGCAGGCAAUUAUAACUUUAAUACAUCAAUUGAUGGUGAAAUGUCCAGAAAGGUCAGAGGGUCGCCAAAGGCAAGCAGCUGUUAUAAUAAAACUGUUAAAUAUAUGUAAUAUGAACAUUAUAAUAACGAUUUUGAAAGAUAUAAUAUUAUUUUCACACAAUGGUAAGGUAUCUUAUAGACUAUUCGCACAAGAAAUCAUAGGAAAGCUUUUGACGGAAUUUUUUUUAUCGAAUAACGAUCUAAACGAAAAUAUGAAAAUAAAGAUGAGAAGAAUUUUAGUAGCUGUUGUAUCGUCCCGUUGUAUGGAUCAGUCAAUCUUGGUAAGAGGAAAAGCCAUGGCCACAUUUGCUUCUUUUUCUGAUUGCAACAAUGAUACCGAUAAAAUGAUUCUUGAAAGCAUAUUUGAAACUUCAGCCUCGGAUAAACCGUUUCCUAUGCUCGACGAGUUGGAAAAAGCGUUGUCGCAGGACAUUGAUCCGUUACCAGGAUCAAAUAUUGUUGUUGCGAUGUUACUGGACAGAGUUAAUGACGAACGCGCGCUAGUUCAACGAAGCGCUCUGAAGAUUCUAAGAAAUUUAUCCAUCAUGUUCCCAGCGCUUACAGACAAGACGAUGCAUGUGAUAAGCGAUCGUUGCAGGGAUCCCACCUUGACUGUACGUCAAUUCGCGGUGCAUGUUUUUUCAGACAUUUUAGAACAAUUCCCUCAUAAUUUGAGUCUCCUCGACGAAUGGACACAGGCUGUUGUACCGCAGAUAUACGAUAUCGAAGUUAAAGUACAAGAAAAGGUAUUGGAAUGUUUGGGAAACGUGUUGUUAAAUAGGAUAAUGAAAGCCUCUACAUAUAUUCCGGAUGCUGCGAAUAAUCUGCCGUGGAGAGUGUUAGAGAAAUUGAGUAACAUGAGAAUGAGAAAGCAUUUAUCCAAAGCUUGCGGUCUGUGGAUCAAGAAUGGCGUUAUUACAAACUCUGUGAUAUCGAAUUUACAAUCGCACAUCGGUACAGGUAAUAACAUAGGCGCGUGGAUACUGUUAGCGGCUCUAGCUGAGAAUAUGAAGAUUCCGACUAUAGAUAAAUAUAUCGCAAAUUAUAAGGAAAUAAUCCAGAAGAACGAUUACUAUGCGAGUUUGGUUCUGCAUGUUUUGAGGCACGCGUGGUCUGUUUUAGAUCGUGAUUGCCUCGAGGAUCUCCAUCAGUAUCUCUACAAAUGUAUUUGCCGCUUUGAGAUCACGUUCAACUUAAUCAGCAUUUGCCUGGAUAUUCUGAGCGCCGUACUACGAUAUUUGCAUGUCGAAAAGAGUAGUCAAUUGAUGGAAACGAAUAUGCUGGAACUAAUGAAGCUAUCAGAGGCGGAGAUUCAAGAUUUAAGACAGGAAGAAAGUAGAAGUCUUACGCAAGAAACACUUAAAAUAAGAGCUAUAUGUACAUUGGGUCACGCGUCGCUUUUGUGUACCAACAAGAUUUCGUUGUCAACUUUACGAGCUCUAGAACAAUUGUUGCUACAAUGGGAAUUGUUGCCAGAGGCUGCGAAAGAGACGAAGAAUCUGCAGGCAUCCGCGGUAGUCAUUCUUUGUCAGCAAGCGCUGAGAGAUCGCGAAAUCGCAAAAGAAGUCACGCCGAUAUUAGGUAAUUUAAUGCGCCAAGAAACAAAUCCGGAUUCGCCGAUAAAGACCGCAGUCAAGAUAAACGCCGCGAAAGCAUUGGCUGAUAUUUGUGUGAGAUUUACCGAUCUAGUGGAACCGUAUUUGCCUGACAUGUGCAUUAGCAUGAAGGAUUCGAAUCCGGGUGUGAGAGAAGCCAUAGUUGUGAUAUUUAUUCAACUGCUGCUGGAGGAUUUUAUAAAGAUGAAGGGACCAUUCUUUUUUCACAUAUUGACGAUGCUGUCCGAUGCGGAUAAUAUGAUACGCGAACUGACGAUCUUCCUAGUGGAAGAAAAACUCCUAACGAAGAAUAAGACUUUAAUUUUCAAGCAAUUCCUCGAGAGUAUAUAUCAUUACAACAAUUAUCGGUCCCAUAGUGUGUUCUGUGGUCACAGAAUGAGCGAUCGAGAGAAGAAACUAUUGACGUUACCUGGAAGGUUGAAUCAAGACAAGCGUAACAUUAUUUAUGAAUUUAUGCUGGAACAUUUAGAUGCGUCGGCGAAACUUAAAUUGAUUAUGAAAUUAACCAGGAAUAUAUUUGGUGAAAUAUGUGACCAUGAUUCCAUUGACGUUACAACAGAGGAGGGGGCAUGUGUCUUGAAGGAUACAGUGUUCAUAAUCGGUAAUAACCGUUUGCAACUAUCGUCCUUCAGUGAGAAGCAAAAGGGUGAUACAUCGGAGCUCGAGGAAACUCCUAACACGUCAAAUAAUAACGCGGCGAAUGUUAUCAUAGCGGCGAUAAAGAAGCACAAUUUAGACAAUUUGUUACCUACGUUAAUUACGCUGAAAAAAAAACUUGCCGUUUUGAAGUCUUGCUUGGAAGAUGAUGUGGAGAAUCUGCUAUUCAAGAUCUACUCGGAAUACGACGAAGAGCAGUUACUUGGUAUGUUAAAUGAAUAUCCUGAAUUGGAAAAAGAAAUGGAUCAUUAUCAACGGAAACUGAAAGACAAAGCCGUUUCAGAGAGCGAUAAUAGUAGGAGCGCUAAUUCAUCAUCUAUUAUAAAUCACAGGGAUAAUUCGGAAUUAUUGAAUCUAUGCAGGCGAUCGAUGCCCAAAAUUCUACUCCAUCGUCUUUCACCUUCGAUGAUAAUGCAUUACAAGAACAGAUCGGUAGAUUCUAAUAUUUGCUUGCAGCAACUCACAACACCUUACGACGAUACGUUAGAUACAAAUCCGUCGGCACAUCUGGAAAGAUUAUUGUCGAUACAAACGCCACCUCCAGAGCCAAACCUUGUUUCCAGUACUCCUAUAUCGAUUCGAAAUUCGUAUCGUAGCGAUUCUUUCACGCCAAGAUUACAUAGAUCCUCGAGUGAGCGAGAAAUAUCACCAGAAUGUACUCCUCGGCGUAAAUUUUUUAAGAAAUAGGAUGAAACCCAAUGGUGUGAUUUUGUUCGGUACGAACGCGCGCCAUGAGAGAGAAUUGUCUAGGAGUUAUUUCAUGUACAAAUCUACCUACCUCGUAACUUUUGCUGCACGCGAAAAGCCGUCUGCGAGAUCGUACUCGUGCGCGUCUCCAGUUCUUUUUGUAUGUCUGUAAAUGCAUAUGUAUAAAUAUACAUAUAUAUAAAU